GACACAUGAAAAGUAAUGUGGCAACAUUGAUUUUUUAUAUUGAAGUUUGAAAUGUGAAACGAAAAAUCCGAAGAAAAUAUUAGAACUGUAUUAAUUGUUGGUUUAAAGAAUUUUAUUAAUAAAUAGGUAAAUGAAAUAACAUUUUCUAAUUCAUUGUUAUUAAUCUGGUGUACACUUUAUAAAUUUAUGGAAUGAGUGAUAAGAUUUCGAUGAGAAGUUCUAAUGAAUCUUUGUUGUGGUCAAUAAUUAUACUAAACAUCAGAAUUAUUAACAGAAUAAUCCUAUAAUGUAGAAUCAGUUUUGUUAUUAAAUCAUUCAUUUAAAUAUAAUUAAUUAACUGUUGAAUUUCAUUCUUUAAACACUCAUGGAGAGCAUUCGUAUAUUUUUUAUUUGCUCCGACAAAUAUUCAGAUGAAAAUGAAAGUUCUGAAACUAUGCUUCAAGCUUAUGAGGUAUGUAAGCAGAAUGUUAGCACCAAUGUAUCAUGGGUCAGAGAAUCAGAUUUUAAAAUAUUGAACUUGAAUAAAACUGAUUUUAUUGUAUUUGAACAGUUUGAGGGGAAACUUUUUGAAGAAUUGCAAAAUACUAAGAGCGCGAUUGUUGGUCCUUGGGCUGUCUCUAUUUGUUUGAUGGAAGGAAAACCAAUACCUAACUAUGAUUGGCCUAUUUUUAAUGUAGCUAUGUAUAAUUGUAUAGUCACAUGCUCUCAUAUGUCUAAGAUUGCUAAAAUGAGUAUUAAGAACAAAAUAGAACAAAUGGGAGGAUGCUAUACUGAUAGUUUGGUGGAAAAGAAUACUCACUUAGUUACUGGGAGUGCCAAAUCUGAGAAAUAUUUGGUUGCCGCCGAAGCAGGAAUUAAGCUAAUGUGUCCUUCUUGGAUUGACGAUGUUUGGAACGUUAGUCAAUCAGUUAAUGUUCAUGCUGAUGAUGAACAAUUUAAAACACACACAUGCUUACCAUUUCAUAAUCUAACAAUUAGUUCGACUGGUAUUACAAAUACCGCAGAAAAACAUAAAAUUGAGAAGAUCAUCAAGGAUAAUGGUGGAAAUUUUAGUGGAAAACUCACUUUAGCUACUACAGAUAUUCUUAUUUGCUACGGGGAUGUAACAAGAAGUGAAAAAUUUAAAGCUGCUCGACAAUGUCCUCACAUUAAAUGUGUCAACAUAAAUUGGGUAACAGAUAGUGUCCAAAAAGGUUACGCAUUACCUCACACUCUUUAUCAAGUACAAAAACAAACUUCUACACCUACCAAGACUGAUAAAUAUGUAAAUCCAGAAUUUUCUAUAUUGAGUGCCAUUGGUGGGCCAAAUUUGUCCCAGAAGACUUGCGUGGAAGAUACUUUGAGUCUCACAUCAUUGGAUGUGGAAAAAACAGGAAAUUCCAAAAGAAAAGUACAAGCAUGCUACGACGAUUUGGUAAAAAAUUUGGACAUUAAAAAAGCCAAAAAAGCAGGACAAUUCUUAGAUGGAUAUUCGGUAUAUUUAACCGGUUUUAACCCCGAACAUGUGGAAAAACUCAACAAAAUAAUAAAUUUAAGUGGCGCAACUCGCUAUGAUAUGUUUUCUGAUCGAGUUACACACAUUAUCGUCGGAGAUGUUUCCUCUCAUGAAGUAUCUAUAAUUAAAAAUAAAAAUUCAUCUGCUCAUUUGGUUUCGAUACAAUGGCUAAUAGAUAGCAUAGAUGAUCAAAAUCCACAACAUGAAGAUAAAUAUCUCAUAGUUACCACGGAUCUGGAAAAUAGUCAUUUGGGAUCUCCUCUAAGUAAAAAGGGCUUAAGUCUUCUUCGUUCAAAUAGAACAGUUACUGAAAAAGAAAUUAAUGCGAUAAAUGCUGAAGAAGAAAUGGAGAACGAGCUUACUUUACAAAAAAUACCUACACAAAACACAUCUGAUACUCUAGGAAGAUUAUUGGAUGGCGUUGAUAACACAAACUUGAUUAAAGAAGUUUUAGAUCUGCCAAAAUCUACGCCGCAAUUUGAACCGUCUAAAACUUCAACACAACAAUCAUCGUUAUCCAUAACACAGGAUGCUGAAAGCGAAAUUAAUAGAAUUUUUGAAAAUUUAAAAUUUCUCAUUGUUGGAUUUGAAGAAGAGGAAUUUGUGGAAUUGAGGCAGUCGAUCAUUGAUCUAGGGGGUGAUGUAGUGUCUAAAACAUAUAAAGGAAUACCAGAUUAUGCAAUUGUUCCAAUAUUCAAUAAAAACCAAUUACAUCACACUGCGUCAGAAGUAGUCAAUGAUCUUUUUAUAAGUGAUUGUAUUAGAAACGAAGAACUUAUAUUAACCAUUUCAUAUUACCAUCGACCCUUUGACAUAUCAGAUGCUAAACCAUUAGAAAAUUGUGUAAUUACUAUUAGCAGUUACUCUGGUACAGAAAGAAUAUUUCUCAGGAAUCUAAUUGAAGCACUAGGAGGAAUAGCUCAAGAACAGUUUGCUAGAGUACGAUCUGAAAGAAAAGAACUUUAUCCAUCAACACAUUUAGUUAGCUCCGAGGCGAAUGGUAAAAAGUAUGCAGCCGCCUUGAAAUGGGAUUUACCUGUCGUAAAUAAAGAUUGGCUAUUGGAAUGUGCAAAAACUGGAAAAAAAGUCUAUGAAGGAGAUUUUCUGUUAGGAGAAUCUUCAGCUCCAGAUAUAGUUGAAAAUACGCCCCAAAAAACUAAAACUAUUACUGAAUCAUUGAAAACAGUAUCAACUCCUACAGAUAUUGCAGGAUCCAGUAAGCAACAAAAAGUGCUAACAUCUGUUAAUGAUAUAACACCCUAUCAUAAGCGGUUUCUAAAUAGUGCAGAAAAAUUCAGUCAAGUAACUCCUGUGAAUAAAAUAAUGAAACAAUUCAGAGAAAGUAAUUUGAACGAAAGCCGCAAUGCGAAAGAGACUAAGGAAUAUAACUUACCUCCGCCAUGGACUUUUGUAAAAACACCAGAAACUCCUCUCGGGGCAUUUUUAACACCAAACCCCUCUCCCGGUCUUAGAAAACAGUGGGAGUAUUGGCUGGAACAAUUUCCCGAUAAACCUUCACCCAAAAGUAACAAAAGUACGCCUUUGUCUGAGAUAAAACGUCAAUUAGCUGCAAAAGUAUCCAAAAUUGGAAACUACAAAUUGAAUUUCGAAGAAGGUGGAGAACAAUCUCAAGAAAAUGUUGAAAAUACAGACACAGAACUAGAUCCAGAAAUUUCAGUAAGUGAAGCAGACAAAACACCAGAUAAUCAAGAAUUGGCCAGUAGGCUUCAGCAACUAGAAGAUAUGUUGAGCGCUAGUGGAAGAAGGCCAAGUAGAAAUUUUCAAAAUACCAUCACUGCACCGGCUGCACCUGAAUCACUGAAUUCUCAACCUUGUACUGUAGGAUGGGACUUUAGGUCUCAAGAGUACAAUCAGCCGACAGAUGUAUCGAAAAUAUUUUCACUUUCUGGUAUUACUGACGAUAUAGAAAGAGCGAGAAUGGUAAAUCAAUUAGAACAAUUAGGUGGUACAGUUUCCAGUUUAGCAAAUUACGAUCCUUCUUGUACCCACUUACUUUGUCCGAAACCUGCUAGAAAUGAAAAAUCUUUAUCUUGUAUGGCCGCCGGAAAAUAUAUUUUACAUAUAUCUUAUUUAGAACACUCAUUAAAAGCGAAAAGAUUUUUAAAUGAGGAGGAAUUUGAGUUCGGUAAUCCAAAAUCAAUGGGAAAGUUUUCCAUCCCGCACGAUAAAGAUACGGAAACUAGAAUGCAAAGGAUGCAUUGGUGGCGAAAGGAGGUAGCUCGACGGGGUUAUGGGGCUUUUAACGAUAUGAGAGCCAUUGUAGUCGCUAUUAAACGAGAUCCUAUUGUUAGAGUCAUCGAGGCUGGAGGUGGUGUUGUUGUAGAUAUAAAACCUCCUUUCGAAGACACCAUUCAUGCCACACAUUGUCUUAUAGAACAACGAAGUGUGGAAAAUUUCUCGGACUACAUUCCUCUUGCUAAACAAGGGAUUUAUUUGGUAAAUACAGUGUAUAUAAGUGAUCACUUGCAUAAUCCAAACAAAGAUAUAAGAGAUUGUAUUUUACCAUAUUUUUCUAAGUAUUAUUCUAGAAAUUAAGUAUAAAAAAAGUGAUUUUCAAACAUGUAAUUAUUUUUUUAUAAA